UGAACAUUUAUAUCAACGAUUCCCUUCACAACCAUCACAGCAUCAUUACCCCAUCAACUCGAGACACUAACCCAUAAGGUCUCAUGUCAGCAAUUAUCUGUUCUCAUUGAAUUCACGAGCAGACGCAAACCAGAUCUCGUCGGCCACCUCCCACUUCUUCCAUGAAUAUAGCGUCAAACUAACCCCAGUUUUCCACCGCUUCAGAGGAAAUUAGCAUACUCGUAUACCUAACUAUUGUGGAUUCUCUUCGGGAAUAACAGUGUUGUUACGAUCUCAUAAACACGUAUGAUUACACUGCUGGAUCUGCCUUUCGCAAUAGGGUUGGCCGCUUAUGUUGCCUCUGUACUAAUUCUCCCUGAAGACUACGGAUUCUUUUCAAUUAUCAGCCAUGCCUCCUUUAGAUCCUGAUCGGCCAGUCUACCCUUACGUGCCAGGAUUUGUUGUACAGAUCACGGAGCACAAGCCUCCUCCCCCAUUUGGCCAAAGCUUUGCAGAUACGGGCUAUCCACGUUCUGCACGCCGCCGUCUGUCAGCCACUUGGCUUGACGAGACACCUCUUACCCGCCAAGUAAUAGAGAACCCCCCCUUGACUACAGUCUGGUCUUCCACAAUUCCAUCGCGCAUCGCGACGCUCAAGAUAACGAAAAUAAUUUCCAAGGGUGAUAGCUCCUCCAAUGGAAAACAAGGUGCUCAUGUCGUGGUCUGUCAAAUCUUCAUGAAUGGGCAGCAGGAGCCCUACAUCGCAGUUGCCAAGAUUUACGAUGCCCUCUAUUAUAGUGGAGUCACGGAUGUGGUUAAGCUGGCCGACCAGGAUUAUAGUUGUGAAGCAGCUGCAUAUGAGCAUCUUGAAACAGUGAAACACAUGCAAAAGCCAGGCUUCGCUCCGAACUAUUACGGAUCGUGGACUUUCGAGCAGCCCUUGAUUUUACAGGGUAAACGUCACUUACGGCCAGUUCGGAUGAUACUGAUUGAGUAUCUGGCUGGGUCUACCAUCCUGGACUUAUUCACUAUGAAAGAUUCACGGCAUGAGCAGCCUAACCCUAAUGCUCAUCACUACGACGAAGCAUUUCGACUAAAUGUGGUAGCUGAGGUCAUUGAGGGAACCGUGAAACAACGUCACUCGGGACUCUCUCAGAAGGAUGGAGCUUUGAGGAAUAUCAUGCUUGUACCGAGUCCUCGCGGAAACACUUCACCACAAUCUCUACCAAGGGUGGUAUUGAUAGAUUACAAUGUAGCGGUCGUUGUGUCUCUCCUCGAGAAACCCCUUCCGACGCCUUCCUCAAAUCUUCCAUUCAAUCCGGUGGACGCAUUCCGUAAUGGAAAGGAUGACUUCUAUGGCUGGGGUCCCGUUGCAUGGUAUGAUGGAAUUCAAGGAAAGGAACGCUAUCAAGAGUGGCUUCUACAACGGUUCGGCUGCGAUACCAGCCACUUCGCAUCCAUCCGGAAAAAGACCGUACUUAGCUGAAAUAGAAGGUGCUCAUGUCUACAUCCCAUUAAUUGAUUUACACCUCUGGGGUUUUGAAUGUUAGCUUAGUACUCCCCAUUUUGUACUUUAGUUUCACUACUUAAAUGAUGGUUAAAGCAGGGCUAUACCUUAAUUAUACUCUAUAUUAUACCCAUUGUCAUUCAGUCAUUCGUUAUGAUUAUUCCUCGGUUGUUACACCGGCAGCAUCGCCUUUGCUAAAUUCAUGUUACGUGUAUUACGC